AUGGGUGACUGGAACCUGCUGGGCAGCAUCCUAGAAGAGGUUCACAUUCACUCCACCAUCGUAGGGAAGAUCUGGCUCACCAUCCUGUUCAUCUUCCGCAUGUUGAUCCUGGGCGCGGCGGCCGAGGACGUGUGGGAUGAUGAGCAGUCUGAGUUUGUGUGUAACACGGACCAGCCCGGCUGUAAGGCCGUGUGCUACGACAGAGCCUUCCCUAUCUCCCUCAUCCGCUUCUGGGUGCUGCAGGUCAUUUUUGUGUCGGCGCCAUCUCUGGUCUACAUGGGACAUGCCCUGUACUGUAUUCGCGCUCUGGAGAAGGAGCGCCACCGCAGGCGCAUCCAGCUGAAGGAAGAGAUGGAUGAGACGGAGCUUCUGGAAGAGCAGAAGAGGAUCGAGAAAGAGCUGAAGAGACUGGAGGAGCAGAAGAGGGUGAAGAAGGCCCCUCUGCGAGGCUCUCUGCUGAGGACAUAUGUGAUCCAUAUCCUGACCCGCUCUGUGCUGGAGGUCUGCUUCAUCCUGGGACAGUGCAUCCUGUACGGGGUCCACCUGGACCCUUUGUACAAAUGUGAGCGCCUGCCCUGUCCCAACAGUGUGGACUGCUACAUCUCCAGACCCACGGAGAAGACCAUCUUCAUGGUCUUCAUGAUCGUAAUCGCAGGAGUCUCCCUUUUCCUGAACAUUUUGGAGAUUUCUCACUUAGGCAUAAGGAAAAUCAAGCGCAUCCUGAGUGGGGAGCGGUUCGCAGAGGACGACAGUUUGAUUUAUAAGUCCAAGAGGAAGUCGUCCCUGCCCCACCUCUGUGUGAUGAGUAAUGUGCCCCCCCAUAAUGGGCCUUUGACUCAGACCUUUAAAGUCAUCCCAGAGACAGACAGCAAACCCCCUCUUUACACCGCAGGGCUAAAAGCCAGUCUGAGCAUCCCAAGACACCACAGCAUCGCCUACCUGGGGCACGGCCAGGCUAAUUAUAUCUGCCAGCAGCCGCGCAUGGUCCCCAGGUCCAGCCUGAGCUGCCUGGCCCCACCACAGACUCACCAGAGCCAGGACCUCCACAGCAGCAUUGUGGAGCAGCACCGAGAGUGGGCCUCCGUGGAGUCCACUCUGGAGGACAGCCACCCUGAAGAACCCAACGAGCAUGAAGAUGAUGCACCUCACCCUGUCCAUCUGGGGGCGCUGCUGUCUGCCUCCAGGCCCAGUGUGCUCAGGGGAGUGGAGGAGCAUGACAGGAGGACCUCCAUGGGCAGUCAGCUGCUACUGCCCAACCCACGCAGGACCAGCUUCAUGAUGAGGCCUCCAUCUGAGAGCAUGUCCUCUGUGAGCGGCUCCACCAGCCCCUCCCUCCACUCCUCUGAGGAGUCUGACGAGCUGGGCUCACUGCAGGGGGACAUGCCCAUGAUGCCCCCCGCUGGAGGGCGCAGGAUGUCUAUGAGCAUGUUCCUGGACAUUUCCUCUAUAAUGAAGAAAUGA